AUGGUGACUGACUCACCUGAUGAAUUUACCCUCUUCGCAAACGCGCUGAGGACGCUCAAAUCUAACGAUGUCAGGCCUCUUGACCCUGAUCAAGGGCCAGCCGUAGUGUGGAAACAAGUUUGUGACCUCAAAUUGCAGGAUCAGGCUAUCGAGCUGAACCCCGAUCAGAUCGAUUCAUGGAAACUUGAACGUAACACCUGGCAGCUCGUACAAAUGCUAUAUACCGAGAGAACCUCACCACUCGAUCUCAGCACGUCUAAAUCACUCAAGAACCCUUAUCUACCACCUCUGGACGUCGUCAAUGCCUUUUUACCCAAAUCUCGGGAUCUCUUAGAGCUUUCCACAAUAAGGGAUUGGCUUUAUACCUGUCCUGGUCCUACUCACGCUACCGAGAUCCGCAGAGGCUAUUGGCCCUACACAAAGGCCGCUCUGAAACACGCCUCACAAAAAAACCAGCCGAUCUCCCAACUUUCACCUCAGAAUAAGCUUGUUCAUGAACUAGACCCUGACGCACCCCUCAGACCGCUCCGUGAAGUGCCAGGUCAAAUAGGCCAAAACUCUAGGAUAUCGGAUCAGAUGAUGUCGAAUAACGCGCAACUCGGUCGGUUAGACCAGUUCGAUGAGGAAUAUGAUCGAGCAAUGUUAAGAACUCUUUAUGAAUACGUCCGAGCUGGUGAAAUCGGACUUGCGCUUGAUUUCUGUCGACAGUGCGAUCAUCCAUGGCGUGCAGCUAGUCUAUCGGGCGGUAGAUUAUUUCAGGAUCCUUCUUUGAGCGAAGGGGACGGUUAUGGCUCUUUGGCGGUUGAUCCUUUCAAUGAUUCGGAGUCAGUGAAUGAAAACUCUCUAGAGCCUUCUGCACCGUCUUACGGGAAAAUGAAUCGGGCCGGCUGUUUGAACCGGAAAUUGUGGAAAUCAAUAUGUCUACAGAUCUCUUUGAAUCAGUCAUUGAGCACCUACGAACAAGCGCUUUAUGGUGCGCUAUCCGGUCAAAUUAGCUCUGUAUUACCAGUAUGCUAUAGCUGGGAAGAUCAUAUCUGGUGUUACAUCAACUCCAUAUUUGAAAUUCAGGUCGACCGAAUCUUAGAAUCGACACAGAUGGGAUAUUAUUGGUCGCAUGGAAAACUUCCAACCCUCAAAAACAAAUCUCGCGCACAGCUUGAGGAAGCUGAUUCAGUGUUCCAAGACGACUAUGAUGCAGAUCCGGAGGAUGCCAAUUUGGACAAGUUUUCGGAUGGCUAUAACUUGGGAGAAGAGAGUAUCAAAGCCGCUAUGAAUAAGGCAUUCGAUAGAGUUCUGAGAAGUGAAAACGCUGCCUUGGCCGAAAGUGCUCGGAAUCCGUUCCAUGUUGCGCAGAUGUGGUUGGCAAUCGACAAAAUCAACGACCUAUUCACGACGUUCCAUAAUCAGCUCAAGUCUGCUAGCGAGGAAUUCACUACAGAGAAUCUGUCACAUCUCAUCAGAUUCUUUGCACAUUUGAUCCUUUUCUUGAAAUCGAUUGACCAGAAAGUGGACAACGAGGCUUCUAAUGCUAUCAUCAGGUCUUAUGUCCAAGUACUAGAGAUAGAAAAGAAACACGACCUGAUCGCAUUCUACGUUGCUGAACUGCAACAAGAAUCAGGAGUAGAAACAUACGCCAAGUACUUGAUUUCUCUUGGUCCCUCGGCUGAUCGCCAGACUCGCCAGACCGCCCUACUCCGAGCCAUGGAACACGGUCUAGAUCUAUCACGGGUCGCCUGUACCGCAGUCACUUUGACAUUGAAAGAUAUAAACGAGGCAAAACUGCAACCGAAUAGGCAACAUGGACUGAAUUGGUACAACAACGAACUGACCGAUAAACAAACAGAACUGAUUCGUUCAUUGGAAUGGCUUACCAUCGAUCGAGUCACCUAUUUUGAUGCUUUGGUGCAAGCUAAUUCAUUGAUCCGAUAUUUUCUGGCCAGCGGCCAUCCAAACGCAGCACGGCAGGUUCUUGUUUCCCUUCCGCCCGAUCUGUUAGGUUUUGUGGCGAAUGAGAAGGAUCCUGAUGAUGGCGGACGUGAAUCGAAGGAUGUCCAUGGGUUAAUGAAUGGAGCUUCUACUGAAAUAUUAGAAUUCACGCAGUAUCAAGAUUUCUUUCAUUGUUUGGAGCUUCACGUGGAGGCAAACGAGGUGUUAAGUCAUCAACCAGUCAAAGGGUGUUCAGCGACUGAGCUUCAAGAGUAUAAAGACGUAUUUGAAGGUUUGUGUACGCAGUUACAUACGAGCAUUGUGAAUCUAUUAAAGUCAGAAUGGCUUCAGGAUCUCAAACUAGAUCCAAAUCAGAUGCCACGCCCAGAUGACGGAUUGUUAAAGCGAGUGAGUGAGUUAGAACGGAUUCGGAAAAUUUAUAUUCCAGAAUUGGUCUUCAGGUUACAUGGCGUACUGGUGGACUCAAGUAAUUUUAUUGUCCAAAACUUGAGACGCACACUCGAUCUCGCCGCCGUCGUUGCUGAUGAGGGUUUCAAGAAUUAUAUCGAGUUCUUACCUGAUCAACAUGAGAUCGAAGAGUCAGGUUCAGGAAAUGAAGGAGGAGCUCAGAAGAUGAAGGAGUAUCUCAAAGAGAUCCGACUGGUGACUUUGUUGGUGUUAAAAGUUUCUCAUGGCACGGAUCCAUUCAAAGUUCGCGGGAUUGAUAAUGGACGAUGA